AUGACCCGCCGGAGCCUGUGGGACGUGUCGGAGGCCAACGUCGAGGAUGGAGAUAUCCGCAUCAACGUAGGAGGCUUCAAGAGGCGGCUGCGCUCUCACACGCUGCUGCGCUUCCCCGAGACUCGCCUGGGCCGCCUGCUCCUCUGCCACUCGCGCGAGGCCAUUCUGGAGCUCUGCGAUGACUACGACGACGUCCAGCGUGAGUUCUACUUUGACCGCAACCCCGAGCUCUUCCCCUACGUGCUGCAUUUCUACCACACAGGCAAGCUCCACGUCAUGGCAGAGCUGUGCGUCUUCUCCUUCAGCCAGGAGAUUGAGUACUGGGGCAUCAACGAGUUCUUCAUUGACUCGUGCUGUAGCUACAGCUACCACGGCCGCAAAGUGGAGCCAGAGCAGGAGAAGUGGGACGAGCAGAGCGACCAAGAGAGCACGACGUCCUCCUUUGACGAAAUCCUGGCCUUCUACAACGACGCCUCCAAGUUCGAUGGGCAGCCUCUGGGCAACUUCCGCAGGCAGCUGUGGCUGGCGCUGGACAACCCCGGCUACUCGGUUCUGAGCCGGGUCUUCAGCGUCCUGUCCAUCCUGGUGGUGCUGGGGUCCAUCAUCACCAUGUGCCUCAACAGCCUGCCGGACUUCCAAGUCCCCGACAGCCGGGGCAACCCUGGCGAGGACCCCAGGUUCGAAAUUGUGGAGCACUUUGGCAUCGCCUGGUUCACAUUUGAGCUGGUGGCCAGAUUUGCUGUGGCCCCUGACUUCCUCAAGUUUUUCAAGAAUGCCCUAAACCUUAUCGACCUCAUGUCCAUCGUCCCUUUUUAUAUCACUCUGGUGGUGAACCUGGUGGUGGAGAGCACACCUACCUUGGCCAACCUGGGCAGGGUGGCCCAGGUCCUUAGGUUGAUGCGGAUUUUCCGCAUCUUAAAGCUGGCCAGACACUCCACUGGCCUCCGCUCCCUGGGGGCCACCCUAAAAUACAGCUACAAAGAAGUAGGGCUGCUUUUGCUCUACCUGUCUGUCGGGAUUUCCAUCUUCUCGGUGGUGGCCUACACCAUUGAAAAGGAGGAGAACGAGGGCCUGGCCACCAUCCCCGCUUGCUGGUGGUGGGCCACGGUCAGUAUGACCACUGUGGGGUAUGGGGACGUGGUCCCAGGAACCACAGCAGGGAAGCUGACCGCCUCGGCCUGCAUCCUGGCAGGCAUCCUAGUGGUGGUGCUGCCCAUCACCUUGAUCUUCAAUAAGUUCUCCCACUUCUAUCGGCGCCAAAAGCAACUUGAGAGUGCUAUGCGCAGUUGUGACUUUGGAGAUGGAAUGAAGGAGGUCCCUUCAGUCAAUUUAAGGGACUAUUAUGCCCAUAAAGUUAAAUCCCUCAUGGCAAGCCUGACAAACAUGAGCAGGAGUUCACCAAGCGAAUUAAGUUUAAAUGAUUCCCUACAGUAG